UGACCCGUGGUCGUGCAGUCCAGGGGGCUGGAUGGCAUGCUGGACCCAAGCUCAGCUCAGCGUCCGGACCCGAUAACAGCUUUUCCGAGGCAGCUGCUUUCUGUCCUGGCCACACUGAGGUGCGUAGCGUAAUGUCCAUGUUGUUCUACACUCUGAUCACAGCGUUUCUGAUCGGAGUACAGGCAGAACCGUACUCAGAGAGCAAUGUCCCAGCAGGACACGCCAUCCCUCAAGCCCACUGGACUAAACUGCAGCACUCCCUCGACACAGCCCUCCGCCGAGCCCGCCGCGCCCCUGCGGGGGCGAUAGCUGCCCGGGUGGCAGGGCAGACCCGCAACGUCACUGUGGACCCCAAGCUGUUUAAGAAACGGCGGCUACGCUCCCCCCGAGUGCUGUUUAGCACCCAGCCCCCACCCGAAGCCGCAGACACGCAGGAUCUGGACUUCGAGGUCACGGGCGCCGUCCCCUUCAACAGGACUCACAGGAGCAAGCGGUCGCCGUCCCACCCUGUCUUCCACAGGGGGGAGUUCUCGGUGUGCGACAGCGUCAGCGUGUGGGUGGGCGACAAGACCACCGCCACGGACAUCAAGGGCAAGGAGGUGAUGGUGUUGGGAGAGGUGAACAUUAACAACAGUGUGUUCAAGCAGUACUUUUUUGAGACCAAGUGCCGAGACCCCAACCCCGUGGACAGCGGGUGCCGGGGCAUUGACGCCAAGCACUGGAACUCGUAUUGCACCACGACGCACACCUUCGUCAAGGCGCUCACCAUGGAUGGCAAGCAGGCCGCCUGGAGGUUCAUUCGGAUCGACACGGCCUGCGUGUGUGUGCUCAGCAGGAAGCCGGUGAGGAGAGCCUGCCCUGCCGAGGCGCCCCCGCCCCCCCCUGCCCCUCCACACUCUCCUGGGCCCCUCCCUACCUCAGCCUGUAAAUUAUUUUAAAUUAUAAGGACUGCAUGGUAAUUUAUAGUUUAUACAGUUUUAAAAAGUCGUUAUUUAUUAAAUCUUUUGGAAGCA